GUUUGUUUCUUUUUUGUCAACAAUUUGAUUCACAAUGUGGACAUUAGUCGCAAUCUCAAUUGUCGUCUGGAGUGUUCAUGUCAAUGGAAUCAAACGUCACCUGUCAGAUCCCAUCGUAAGAAAAGAAUUUGUUGGUUGUUACAUGGAUCAAAGAUCCCGAACCUUGAACGGAAAGAUGACCACCUCUAAAACCAUGACAGUGGACAGCUGCAGAAAAACGUGCACAGAUCUGAGGUUCAAAUACUACGGUGUAGAGUAUAGCUCACAGUGUUUUUGUGGAAAUAAACUAACAAAGUCAGUCAAGAUGAAAGAAAACGACUGUUGGAGUUUGUGCGCAGGUGAUAAAACACAGGCUUGUGGUGGCACAUGGAGAAUUGCCAUUUAUGAAAAUCCUAAAUUCACACCAAGUCGCAUCGUAAGAAAAGAAUUUGUUGGUUGUUACAUGGAUCA